CCUAUAAUAUAUAUUUCAAGCUUGGUCUAGUUGUAGACCUAUAACUCUUCAGUUACACCACGAGCACCACCAGCUAAUCCCCAUCCAUGGCCAUCACCACCUCCGCAGCUGCCACGGCGUCACAUUUCUUCGGGACUCGUAUUUACAACCCUAACCUGAUAAGCUCUGGUCGAAUCCAAGCUAGGUUUGGGUUUAGUUUUGGCACCAAGAAAGCACCACCACCACCACCACCACAACCCAAAAAAGCAGCCCCGAAACCACCAUCCGACCGCCUUGUUUGGUUCCCCAAUGCGAGCGCACCGGAAUGGCUAGACGGGACAAUGAUAGGAGACCGAGGGUUCGAUCCUUUCGGCUUUGCUAAACCAGCAGAAUACUUGCAAUUUGAUUUGGACUCAUUGGACCAGAACUUGGCCAAGAAUGAGGCUGGUGAGAUAAUCGGGGUGAUUACGGAGACAGCAGAGCUGAAGCCGACACCGUUUCAACCGUACACAGAGGUCUUCGGGUUGCAAAGGUUUAGAGAAUGUGAACUGAUUCAUGGAAGAUGGGCGAUGUUGGGAACUCUUGGUGCCAUUGCUGUUGAGGCACUCACUGGAGUUGCAUGGCAAGACGCAGGAAAGGUUGAAUUAGUGGAAGGAUCAUCUUACUUAGGGCAACCACUUCCAUUCUCGUUGACCACAUUAAUAUGGAUUGAAGUAUUGGUAAUUGGUUACAUAGAGUUUCAAAGAAAUAGUGUACUUGAGCCUGAGAAAAGGCUCUACCCAGGUGGCUAUUUUGAUCCACUUGGGUUAGCCUCUGAUCCUGACAAAAUUGAUAACCUUAAAUUGGCUGAAAUCAAGCAUUCAAGGCUUGCUAUGGUUGCUUUUCUUAUAUUUGGACUCCAAGCUGCAAUUACUGGAAAAGGUCCUAUUAGCUUCAUUGCUAGCUUUAGCAGUUGAUCAUAGGUCGAUUUACCGCCCCCCCAUUCGGAUAUUCAUGAUUUUCUAUUUUUAUAUAAAAAUUUGAUGUAUUGAUAAAUUCUAUUGUUGGAAUUUCGAGACAUUUUAAUGUCAUCUUUAUGUAAGUUUUCGUGUUUUGUCAUGUCAUAUUGGCCAUGUUGAUUACACUUAGAAAUGGCAAUAAAUUAAAUACCUACAAUUUCUAUAA